AUGGAUGAAGCCAUAAAUUUAUCAUCAACAAAAACAGAAUUUAGUGAUCUAGUUGAUGAUUUAGAUAUCGAUGGAGAAGUAGAAGAAGAAGAAGAAGAGGAUAAUGGUCAUCAAUUUGAUCAUGAGUAUGAAGAUGAACAGAUCGAAUCUGAAAAUGAACUCGAUGAUGAAUCAAAGAACUUUGGAGUGGUUCAGAAUUUAGAGCGAAUAGAUACUGAACAACAAGAAUUGGGAAGUGAAAAUGGAGAUGGAGAUUUAGAAAUAGAAGAAGAAGAAGAAGAGGAAAUUGUUUUGAAAAUAGCUGAUGAUGAUCGAGACGAAUAUGAGAGCAGUAAUACAACAAACAAAAUUCUUAAAGAUCAAUCCAGUAUGCAAGAUUUACUACCAGGAAUUGUUACUCCAAAAACGUUUAUACCAAAAGUUGAAGAUUUGAAAUUGCAUCAUGCCCGUCGUAAAGGCGUACCAAAACGUUUAGAUACAUCACAUCGUGAUAAUCACGUUAAAAUUGCUAAACAAAGAAUUGUUAUUAAUAACAAUAAUAACAACCAUUCAAACACGAAUCAUGGUAAUGGAAUUUCAACCUGCGAUUAUCGACUUAAUAAAAAUGAAGAAGACGAAGACCGAGAAAACGAACACAUUAAGAAACAACAACAAAAUGGACAUCAUCAAAAAUAUUUUAUACAUAUAACAAAUUAUGAUGAUGAAAAUGGAAAUUUAGAAUAUGAAAAUGGUGGUAGUCUAGAUGAUAUCGACGAUAUUGUUAAAAAUGUUUUACAAUCAAUUAUUGAAACUGUACACAAAAAAUCUAAACAGCAACAGAUUAAAAAACUACCUGUACAACAACAGCCACAUCAGAAAAUCAAAGAAUCAAAAACUGUACAAAAAGAAGAAGAAUCACAAUUGACAAUUGAUCGUCGAAAAAUGCUGUUAAUGUUAGCUGCAGCUGCUACCACACCGUCGACGAAAGAAAAGCCAAUAAACAAGCAAAAUGUGGUAAAAAACUAUGGGCAGUCAUCAUUUGUUAAACAAGAAAAGUUGAAUCAAAAUCAACAGCAAUCAUCGAUCAAUAAUCAUACCAGUAAGUCAUCAAAUCAAAAAACCAAUUCAAACACUCCAUUACUGUCAACAUUUAAACAAUUGAUGAAUUUCAAUCAGCAGUCACAAGAUCAACAAAAAUUAAAAUUACAACAUCAGAUAUUGAAACAUCAAACUGAAGAGAGGCAAAAAUAUAAACAGACUCAACCACAAAAUUUUCCUCAGCCACAAGCUAAAAGACAAAAGACAUCGUCUACAAAUUCUGCCGCAACUACAUUUAAUGCUCAACAAAAUACCCAAAUAUUAUGGGAGAUGGCACACCAAUUAAUGUUAGCGUCAAACCCUACACCACUUGCAGAUGAGACACCGUUCAGUUCCAUCCUUAAAUCUCAAUUACUUGGGCAGCAACAGCCGCCAGUAAAUAAAGUUGGUAGACCGCCAAAACAACAGCAACAAACUGGAACAAAUUUAGCUUCAAUGCGAUCAAGUACUAAUGUACCGAAUGGAAAACAUCCAUCAUCAUCAUCAUCAUCAAAACAACAACAACAACAACAACAACAACAACAACAAUCCCAGACUGUUAAGAAACAAACCUCGCCACCCGACUGUUCUGCUUUAUUUAAAUCAACCACAAAUUCUUCGCCACCUCCAUCUUCCUCCUCUUCAAGUUUCGAUCCAUUACGAGGAUUUGCUCCUCGACGACGUGGUCGACCACCGAAAUAUGUAACAGAACGUUCCCAUUUAUCAGAUGUCUUGAAAUCUGCGUCAGCAACCAAUGAUCCCACAGCACUAUCUGCUGCAUUUUUUGCUGCUAUGUCUGGUACGUCAUCCUCUGCAACAGAUCAUGAAAAUCAACAACAGCAUCAAUCCUACGAACAAUUACUAAAUGCUAUGUCGUCAGAUCGUUCAACAUCAUCAACAUUAGAUUUAUUAUCAACGUUUGCUGCUAAAUCAUCGAAUGGUUCUCGUCAAUCGUCCUCAUCUUCAUCUUUAAGUGCAUUUCAAUCUUUAUUAAAUUCGGAAUCGUUAAAAACAUCUACAUCUCAUUCAACGAGAAAUGGUGUACCAGCAUCAUUAUUAAAACAUUCAGGACAUUCUCGAUCACAUCAUCAAAACGCUACACAAGCACAGACGCAAUCAACAACCCAUUGGACACCACCCAAAACUACAGUAACAAGUCCAAUAUCCUUAUCUGGAAAUGAUAUUCAACAACCAAAGAAGAGAGGGCCAGGACGUCCUCCAAAAAAUCAUACACUACUUAUGACUGCACCUCCCACAACUCAUGCUCAACAACAAUCAAAGUCAAAAAAUCCACCAACAAUGGUACCAUCUCCAUUCAAUCAACAUUUACAUGCAGCAUUAGCUCUAGCUAAUUCAAAAUUAAAUUCAGAUGUUAGAAAAUAG